AUGUCUCGUUGUGAUUGGUGCCAAAGCCUUGUUCUGGCUACAUCCAUCUCCCGAGGUGUGGUUCGCUGCACUGACUGUCACCUUUACUGUCACGAGAAAUGUGCCCCACUCGUUCCUCGCACAUGUUGUGGGAUCCGCGCUUCGCAAUCGGGCAGGCAUGUUCCACGGGGUAGUGAUCACACCUCGGGACUGCCGGGUUCAAACACGGUCCGGCCCUGGAAUCAAACAAACCGUCUGACGUCUACUGUCGCCUCGCCGUCCCCACAGCGAAAUACUGAUGCUCUUCAACUCCGUCUGGCUGCCAAUGGUUUUAGGUCGCCUACUGGCUCAACAACGUACGCUUCGAGUCUGCCCGUUCCUGUCGGAAACCGGAAUUUGAGUUCUUCGAUGGCGGGGUCACCCGGUACUGGUGAAUACAAUGGUCUAGCUGGCGGACCACCUUCCUAUGCUGGUAGUGUUGCCUACUCCAGCGAACUCUAUAAACUGGGUCACCGAAAAAUGCUGCCCACUUGGAAGCCACGCUUCUUUGUCCUCGACACAGAACGUCACCAACUGCGCUAUUACGACACUGCUCAAGACGAGGUGCCCCGGGGAUGUAUAGAUUUACAAGAUGUUCGUUCGGUCAAGCUCAUUAAAAACAUCCAAUCUGGACAGAGGCGUUUCCAUGAAAAUUCCACUUUUGAGGUGAGUUUCAUCGAAACUGCUGGACGUCAAUUCCGAUUUUCCGCCGAAGAUCCGGAUAUUGCAAAAAACUGGGUUGAAAAAAUACAAACGAGCAUUCUUUAA